UUGUGAUACAAUUUAUCUUUAGCUUGAUUCACUCAUAAAUUAAUAAACAAAAUUUUCUAGUAUGACUUCUACUCGAUUAAUUUUUUGUAAAUUUACAAAAAUGUUUUUACUAAAAGAAUUUUUGAAUUUAAAUUAUGGGCAGUUGGCAAAAAGUUCAAAUAUUUUGUCUAAAUUGAAAAACAAAUUUUUGGGUACAGAAGUAUUUAGUGAUAAAAAAAUCGGGUGGUUGAAUAGUUUUAUGGCCAGUGAUAAUUUUAAAAUUGAAAGCAGAGAAUUUUUAAUUUUUGAUUCGGAAAUUGAAAAUGCGGGUGGAGUAAAAAAUUUGGACUAUUCUGUGAAAGCGGAACUUGAAGAAAUUCCUCAAUAUAUUUUGAGACAAAAAUGGGGCAUUAAUUUAUUGGAGCUCAAUAAUGUAAACCCGAAGCCUGAUAAUAUGAACAUACCCAUGAAAAAUGAAUUAACUGAUGCGGAAAAUAUUUCAAAUCAUCCCCUAGCAAGUGAGGAAAUUUCUCUACAAUUAGAAGAGUCUCCGCUUAAAAUCAUUCCAACUCAAGAUAUUUUGAGUGCAGAUACGUCGCAGAAAAAAGAAAAUAAACAGCGAGUUGAAGAACGAGAUGAAUUAUCAGCAUGGCAAGAAGUGUUUACUAGAACAGUCCAACAUAUAAGAGACAUAACUGAGACCGUUUCGAAAAUGAGCAAGGAAAAGAACGAACCCAAAGUUAAGUUUUCAAUUUUACCAGAGCCGCCUGACCCAAAAGCUGACGUCGCGAUCCUCAGAUCUGCCGAUGACCUCAAGAGACUGACGGCUUUGAGAAAUAUUCUGGAGUCAGAAAAUUUUAUUUACCAACACGCCCCUCAAACUCGGAUCCUUGUCCACGAAUUCGUCGGCGAUCCAAUCAAAGAAGCGAAUUCUCGAGCCAUAAAAUUGGAGGAAAAGGGGUCGAAAAGCGAGGGAGGAAAUGGAAGUUUAUGAUCAUUUGGCCUCAGAAAAAUAGUUUGCGGAAGAAGGAAGUCGCGAACGAGUGCACAAAACACUAGGACACUAAGAGGGUGAUGAUCGUCGAUGCGUAACCGCCAUCAAACUAUUUUAUCCGGAUGUCGAAUCAACCGAGCGCAGUGUCGUUGGCGCCAUUAACCUUAAGAACUUUAUUAUUUAUCUCUUCCAUCACACCCAGCCAAAUAAAAGCCAAGAGACCCAAACACCAAUAACUCAUCGCAGCUUUGCCCCAACAAUAAUAAAAAAAAAAUAAAAAAAAUGAACUAGAAUAAAGCAGUAAUUUGAAACUCGGCAAAUUAAAUUCUAAAUUGUACAUCUAAUAGACUUUCAAGUAAAGCAAAUUAAAUAAAAUAAAAUAAACCAAA